UCGGAGCUGUAAUAAGCGCUUGCUCUGCUGCAGCCGCCGUCGCUGUCGCUGUCGCAGCCUCUGUCUGACAUUGCUUUGCAUAUGCUUCUGAUAUAACGCAAGAACAACAGCAAAAGCUCCGCGCUGCUGUCGAAAUGGAAAUUGAAAUAAGAUAUACUCACAUAUUGAACCAAUUUAUUUCAAUUUUAUUUCGCACCUCGACGGCAAAAGUUGUGAGCGCGUCUAACGUUCCAUGAUAGGCAACGUAUUGUCAGUGUGUGCAUGUUAAAUAAUUAAAUCGAGAAAAUUGAAAAUGCAUUUAAGUUUCCUGCGCAUUAUAAUCUCCUUAUCGCUGUGCCUGCAGUUUGCUUGCCUUGUCAGCUCUGGCGCUAGCUCCAGUCCCUGCCAUUGCAUACUCAUCAAGGACUGCGCGCCCUUUGUACAUUUGCUGCUGCAUCAUCAACCUGAAACACGUAAUGCGGUCUUUUCCACUGUGCAUGCUGCUGGCUGUGGCUUUCACGGACUUGAGCCGCUAGUCUGCUGUCCGCAGAAUUUGGCGUUGUCAUUGCACAUGCCUCGAGCUGCGCCGCCCAAAGAGCGCUGGAGCUGGGGUAGCGCUCAGCCGAGGAGCGGUCAAGUCAAGCAGCGCUCGAGCCAUAGCUUCAAAAGAUUUGUUGCAAAAGAGAUGGAAAUGCAUCUGCUCGACUACAUUGACUUUAAUGCGCAACGUAAUUGUCCUCAGCCUCUAGUGGAUGAUGACGACGAGCAUCAUUUCGACGGUUAUCACUAUUCAUUUGAUAUUGAGCAUGCGCUAGCAUCAGAAACGUCACGUCCAGAACCUGAGGAUAAGCCCUUUGUAUUUCCUGGUGACUUACGCUUUCAGUCCAACAUUAGCACAAAAAGCGAAGGCGAGCUUAUGGCUGCUGCCAGCCAAGAGCAAGCUACAACCAACGCAUCCACAGCCAAGCCUACAGCAACACUAACAACACCAACGAAUCCUCCAGAUUGUGGCGUCAGUCUCAAUACACGCAUUACUGGCGGCGAGCCGGCACAGCCUGGGCAGUAUCCAUGGUUGGCAAGAAUCGCGUAUAGAAACCGCACAAAUCGGCGCAUUACUUAUCGCUGCUCUGGCUCGCUGAUAUCUAACAACUAUAUUAUAACAGCAGCGCAUUGUGUUGUCAAUCUGGUUAACGAUCUGGAGCUAUUUCAGGUACGCAUAGGAGAUGAUGCGCCCAGCAGUCGAGACUGUGUUGUAAGCGCUGCUAAUUGCACAAACCCAAAUUUAUUUGAUGUAGCUCGCGUGCUGGUGCAUCCCAACUACGAUCAGCCAAAAUAUGCCAAUGAUAUAGCUUUGCUUAACUUUAAAAAUAGCGGCAAUACAUUUACGCCAAUUUGCUUACCCUUGAACACUACGGCAAUGCUUGCGGUUAGAUUGAUUGGGCAAAUUGGAAUUGCGGCCGGUUGGAGCACAACCACUGCGGAAAAUCAAACAACAAAUGCCAGGGAUAUGAGCACGUCGGUGAGAUUUCUCAGAUUGCCCAUAGUGAACACGACUACUUGUGCUAUAAGCUAUGCCAGCUUCAGUGAGAACUUCCAGCAGCCGAUUGUCAUAACGCCAAAUCAUCUGUGCGCUCAGGGCCAGCCCAUGAACGAUGUUUGUCGCGGCGACAGCGGUGGACCAUUCAUGGAUGACGGCACUUCGGGACUGCUCAAUGCUGAUGGACGACACACGCUGCUGGGCAUUGUGGCGUUUGGGCCUACGCUAUGCGGCGUUACUACGAUUCCAGGCGUCUACACUGCCGUUAGCUCUUAUAUUGAUUGGAUAUUUGGUAGCAUAGCAUAAACAGCAGCUGCAGAAGAGGCACAAAUGUUUCCAAAGCUUACAAAGACGCCAAAGGCUAUACGUAAUAAAUUGAUAAGUAACUUAGCGUUUGUUUGGCGUUUAAUAAAUAG